CUAUAUCUAGCGCCUCGCCUUUUUAUUUUAGUUUCAGUUCUCGCAUUUUCUUUUUGCCCUUUCUUUUUUAUUAUUAUUUAUCAUUUUCCCGUCAAUGUUUCGCUCACGUUCCCCUUCUCAAAAUGAUGAAAUAACAUCAUCGUAUCAAACUGGAAAAGCAUCUAUUCUUCGCGUCCAACCACAUACUCCUUCAUCGCCUCCUCAUUCAAGCGAUUACAAAGACUCUACGCGAAGAGAAUAUUUCAACACUACACAGCUGGAGGAUCCGCGCCAUUACACCGUCGACGGAUAUGAUACCCCUCCCCUGAGUGAACCUGAAGAAGUCAUUGAUCUACAGGCCGGAUCUCCAACUUCAGUUUCCCAUUCACCGCCUCUUUCCAGCGAUACAUUAACCAUCGAAACAAUGUCGGCCGUGAUUGCCGCAGCGGUGCAAAUGUCCACUGCAGGCGGCGCGCCCUCUUCACUGUCCUUGGGGCACGCUUCUAUUGUUUCAACAGGGAAAAAGACCAUGCCGUCCAUCGAAAGCGAACGUCCUCAUACUGCCAUGAGACGAAGUUUUUCAUCGCGGUUGUUCACUGGAUCUAGUGCCUGGAAAAAACAACGAAGCAACAGUGUGAACACUGACCUAGCAAGGUUGUCGGCAGAGCAAUGUCAUAGCGAUGCCUCAUCGCAACGGUCAUCUGCCAGUGCAUCGCCACGAUCGUCUGCUUCCACUGCACGAUUCACGUGGUUGACAGCCAACCAGACAAUUCCGGUUGCUCCGCCAGAAGUAGAUAGCAAACAGACUAUGAAUAGGAGUACUCCUGUUAUAGACGAUGGACGGGAUGAACUAGCUUACCGUGGUAUACAGAUUAAGGAGAUUAAGACGACACUGAAAACCAUGGUUAUACCCAAUCAAGUCACUCGACCCAUGCCUGAAGUGAAGCUUGAACGACCUGGAUUUGUCCGUAUCAAUUACUAGAUGUUCUAACCCCCCUCUGUCUCUAUUAUUCGUGUAUUUUUGCGCCCUUAUCUAAUCAAUUUCCUGUAUAAACAUGCAUCCGUGACACUUUUUCUUUCUUUCCACUUCCAGUCGUAGUCGUUUUUCAUUUGAAUAGCCCAAUGUAGCACGUUCAUCAUUUGCAUCCCAUUCUCCUGAUCAAUAGUAUGAUUUAUGAGAUGACGGGAUGAUUGUCGAUUAAAUGAAUUGCGAUAUGACCUUUAACAGGCACGUCGCCCUUUUA